UAGACCUCAUUACAGAUGGUUGUGAGCCACCAUAUGGUUGCUGGGAAUUGAACUCGGGUCCUUUGGAAGAGCACGCAAUGCUCUUAACCGCUGAGCCAUCUCUCCAGCCACUGUGACCAGAUUCUUGGUGAAAGCUGGGAUGUGUAUCAUUCUGGUCCAACCUAGAACUCUAUUAGCCCCAAUCCUGCCUUGCUUCCCUUUUCAACCUCCCUUGAGUGAAUGCUAAGCCUCUUCCCUCUGGAGGCGGAGCCACCCACUCCGAACAGCUUAAAACCCUAAGGCAUGAGCCUGGUGUGGGCAACAGCCCUGGCACGGCCCUCUGACUCCUCGCCCUGUGCCAGCUCCAUGGCCAGUCCUGUGGAAGCGGAAGCAUCUCCAGGCUGUGCCAGUGGGUUGGGUCCCCAUCGGAGAAAGAGGACCACUUUCAGUGUUGGGCAGUUGCUGGAGCUGGAACGGGUCUUUGCAGCUAGGCCCUAUCCCGACAUCAGUACCCGUGAGUACCUGGCCCAAGUAACUCACCUGCCUGAAGCCAAGAUCCAGGUGUGGUUCCAGAACCGCCGAGCCAAGAGAAUCAACAACAGAAAGCCAGGAGCCCUAAACCCUAGGCUGAAGCUUCCUCGAAACGCUUCUUCUCUUCCAGACACUCCCCAGCAACCCUGGGACUCUGGGACACCAGGCCAGCCUCUACACCCCACCAGUUCAGUUCAGCAGGUUUCAGCAUGCCCACAGACCUCCUGUGGAGCUCCCAGCUUGGGUCCAGGGCAGAGUCGAGCAGAGGCUAAAGCUGCAGCCCCAUGGGGACCAAGUGGGGUUUUAGGGGUUCACCCUUCUUUAGAGCAAAUUGUUCCUCAGUCCUCACUGAGCAGCCUGUCUGACCUUAUCUAUACUUCAGUUGUUGUCACCAAUAGAGAUCACUCCUAACUUAGCUGUAGAGGUCUUAGGAGUUUGGCUCUGGCUCUUGUAGCCCACUCUAUCUCUCCUGGAGUGGAGCACAUUAAGAAUUCCUGCCUCUUUUUACACAGGGAAUAUUCUCUAAGAGUCUAGCUCAGAGACCCAUCCCUCCACUCCCAACUUCCAGCAACCUAGCUGAAGGUUCCGUGCAGUGGCUGGAGCCUAGCUCUCCUGGUCAUUUUGGAGGCAUAUGCCCAUUAUCUCAUCAGGAGGUAUCGCCAAGGUAAGGGACCAUGUUGUCGACCUCUACCGCCAGGCUUGGCUCCACCAUUCCCAUUAUCUUAGCUGAUGAUCUCUUCCCUCUGAAGGGGCAGCCACCAGUCUGAGUAGGUCUGUCAGGACCUUAUCUAUGAGCCGGGGAAGGGUACUGCUCCUGUGCUGGACUGCUGGGAGACCCACCUUUUCAUGGUUCAGAGCCUCAUUUGCCUGACUUCCUGUCACCUGGACAAAUUAAUCGGAAUUGUGGAUUUGAAGAGGAAGUGAUAUUGAAGUUACAGAAAUAGAAGCCCAGGUCUUAGGUUGAUUGAAUUUCCCCAAAGAUCAGAUUGGCUGUCCUCUGAUGUGGGCUGUGGGGACAACCUGACAGACCUGGGGAGGGGGUGUGGUAGCCUUGGGCUUUUGUAUCACUAUCAUCUGUAAUACCGACUAAUCUCCAAAUAAAA